AGCAGAAAGUGCCGUUUGUCUGGUCCAAACAAAAUCUGGAGAUAUUUCCCCGUCCUUCCGGCGUUAAAAAGCCGUCGCGGGCUCUGGCCCGCCAUCACCUGCAUCCUCUGCGGCUUUUCAGCUGAAAAACAUGUUCCGCGGUCGCCCUCCUCCCAGGGGGGCCUAUCCGCCGCCGUUCGAAGGCCGAGGUCCGCCAAGGCCGUACCUGGGUCCAGGUUACCGGGAAGAAAGGGGCCGACCCUCGUACCACCAUGACUAUCAGGACCACGGACACCCGGACUCCUUCCGCCGCUCCCCGCCGCGUAGACGGUAUCCCUCGCCGGGCGCAGGGAGUCACCGCAGCGGGGAGUAUUGGUCUGCUGGUCCGCCAAUUGAGAGGGGUCCGCCUCCACUGGACCACAACCUGGUCAUCACCGUUGGCAACGAGCUGAUAGACCCACCAGGCCCCUCCCCUUCCCACCACCCUGACAGAGAUUACUCCCGAACCGAGCGGGCAAGGAGCAGGGGGCGGAGCCGUCCUCGCAGCUGCAGUCCAGACAGAGGUCGGGACAAAAGCCGGGGGCGUAGCAAAAGCCGACACCGAGGGCAGAGCCGCAGUCCAGACCAAAGCCGGGCCAAAAGCCGUGGGCGGAGCAAGAGCCGGCCACGCAGCAGAUCUAGGUCCAGAUCUAGGUCCAGAUCAAGAGGCAGGAGCCGAGGAAGAAGCCAUGGGCGGAGCCAUGCUCGCAGUAAGAGUCGACAGCGCAGCAGCUCCAGCAGCAGCUCCAGUUCCAGUAGCUACAACCAGGAAGAGAAGAGCUCCAACAAAGACUUCAAGGAGCUGCAAAGGGCCCGGCGCAGGCAAGAGUUGGAGGAGAUGCUGACCCAACCCACCAAGUCCAUUCUAAAGAAGCGCAACAACUCAGACGAUUCUCCGUCUGUCAGGAGCUCCCUCUCCCCCCAAGGCCCGGGUGGUUCUAACAUGUCCCGAAUGGCAGAGCAGCUGCUGCAGGCUGUCAAGAGCACCGAUCCACACGCCAUGGCCUCCAUGCUGGCAGAGCUGCAGUCUGACCCACACAUGGCCCAGCGGGCCGGCCUCGACAAGGAGAUUCGGGAGAUCCUGAACCUCCUGGCGGGGACUGUACCAACAGCCACAAGCACAGAGAAAAAGGUUGAGGAGAUCGAUGACGAGGAGAAGUUCCUGUACGGGGACUCAGAAGACCCCAAACCUCCCAUAGCAGUGGAGCCAGUUCACAAUCCCAGCUUGGACUUGUUUGGAGAAGUGACUGAGGAUUCUCUGUACAUGGACCCACCCCCCCACAGAGCCGCCGUGGGCAACACCUACUCAAGCUCUACCACUCAUCUCCAGUCUCUUCCUACUACGAAUGAGGUGAAAACCAGCUAUGUGAGCAGACCCAUCAUUGGACCCGACCAGAACAUCAGGGUCCAGGUCCCCAACCCCGCCUACCCCCCAGGGACAGAACCUCUGGAGGAAGAGGAGCGGAAGGCGCUGGAGGAGUACGAGAAGAUUCAGGACCUGCUAAAGACCAUUGGGCUGGACCUGGGGGUGACAGAAAUUAGCAAAAUGGCUGCCAGGACCAAAGAGCGACUCCAUGGCAACAAACCUCCUCCAAAGACACCUACGCGCCGGCGACGCCAGUCAUCCAGCAGCUCUGGUGGCAGCCCCCAGGGUCGGUGGAGGCGGAGCUGUAGUGGCAGCUCCAGCAGCAGCAAUCAAAGCUGUGGACGGCGGAGAGAGGGGGGGCGCGGCUGGAGCAGUGACGAGGAGGGCAGGAAGGGUGGGGCUCCGCCUAAAAGAAGCAAAGAUCGAGAAGCCACUGAGAUGCAGGCCGAGCCAGUGAAACCUGUAGAAUUUAACCCCCCAGCCCCUCCCCUCACUGGCAUGCCCAUUCCUACAUACCCUCCUCCACAGAUCCAUGGAAUCAUGCCCCCCAACUUCCCCCCACCACCCUUUGGCCAGUAUGGAAACUACAUGGCUUACAUGCACCAGCAGUGGCCUCCCAUGUAUCCUCCUCCUCCUAGCAUGCCAGUGCCCCCCCAGACCAGCACCGAUGCCUACCCCCCACCCCUGCCCUACAAUCAGCCCUGUGCCAAAGGAGCCCCCACCCUAGAGCAAAAAGGGUCAGCCAAGGCUGAUCACGUGGAAGCAGAGCGGCGCAGCAGCCAGGACAGCAGAGUGUCAGACGAGAUGAACACGGAGAGCCAGAAGCAGAAGGUUCUGGAGGAGCGGGAAAAACUGAAGCAGGAGAGGGAGAUCCGGAUGACCAAAAAGGAAUACCUCAUAAAAGAGCUGGAGCGGCUCAGGAAGCAGCAGGGCGAACUUCUAAGGAAGAAGCGCAGAGAGAAAGACGGACACAAAGACCCCCUUUUGCAGGAGAUCAGCCGCCUGCAAGAGGAAGUCAUGGUUCAGAUAUCCAACCUCCGCAAGGAGCACGAGGCUGCAGAGAAGAAACGCAGCGAAAUCGAGAAGGUGGCGCUCAUUCUUGGCCUGAAUCCGUCAGACCGUCCUCGCAAGAGCAGCAAACCCACCGAGGUCCAGCAGCAGGAGCCACCACAGAAGAAGCAGAGCAGUCCUGAGAACCGGCAAGCGGCCAGCAGCUCUACAGUGAAGACCAAAGAGACUCUGUCCCCGAGAAGGACGUCUCACGGCACGCCGCCUGCCACCACUGGCGCUCCUGCUCCAGCUCCCCACCCGUUUGAAUACUACGAUGCAGGCAACCACUGGUGCCAAAACUGUAACGUCACCUCUGGUUCCAUGUUUGACUUUUUCACACACUUGCACUCAAAAGUGCACCGAAAGACGCUUGACCCGUAUCACAGACCCUGGGCUUCAACUUCUACUAAAAUCUCAAAGAGCGUAAUGACAGAGGAGAAGCAGACCAAACCCGCUAAAGGUUCGGAGUUCAUGGUUCCCGUCAGAGGCUUCUUCUGUCUGCUGUGUAAAGAGUUUUAUGGAGAUGCCAUCUGUGCUGAGGAGCAUGUGGUCACGCAUGCUCACAAUGAGAAGUACAAGAAACAAAUGUAUGAAAACCCGCUGUACGAGCAGAGGAGGAACCUGGACAGGCAAGCGGGCCUGGCCAUGGAGAUGAGUGGCAAAAAGCGGAAGCAUGAAGAAGACGAGAAAGGCAGCAAAGACAUAGAAGAAAAGAUCAAACACAAAAAGGACAGGAAGGACAAAGAGAAAAAGAGGGAGGAGGAGGAGACUGUGCAAAAGGAGGAGAAACCUAAAGUUAAGCAGGAAGAAGUUGAAGAAAAGCAGAAACUUGUUAAGAGAGACGAAGAUCUAAAAAAGAGCAUGGAAGAGGAGAAGCCCUCCUACAGCAGGAAGGAGGACAAAAGCAGGUACAGCAGAGAGGACGAAGACCGGGCAGCCCGCUACAGAUAUAGCAGAGACGAGGAGUACCGCUACCGCAGGGAUAAAAGCGACCGAUAUGCAGAUCGCCCAAAAUACGAUCCCAGUGAGAAUCAGGACAGGUACAAGCAUAAGUACUCUGAUGUCAAAUCCAGGGAGAGAGAUGAAGGGAAGCCAAAGCCAGACUGGGACACUCCUAAAAAACCGGAGGCAGACAGACCAGAGGCAAAAUCCGGUCCUCCUAAACCUUAUGAACUGCCCAAAAUCUUCUGUGGGCCUAGCCCGGCCAUGAGGGCAAAGCUCCGCAAGCAGAGCCUGGAGGCUGCCAAACUAACUCCUGGAACCACAGGCCCCUCAAUUGGGAAGUUUACCUGGAAGAAGAAGGAGAACCAGCUGGCUAAGGAAGCUCAGAGAGCAGCUGCAGAGUUCAUGAAGGAGGACGAGAUGGCAUCGAGGCAGGAAAAAGCCUCCUCUGAGGACUCUUUCACAAAUUAUAUGAAUAUUGCAAAGGAAAUGACCCCAAAGUGUGAGGGGGAGCAAGGGUCGCCCUCAACGUCGUGGUCGGCCAACCGUGGACGAAUCCGGCCAAACCUUCCCGCACCUGCCGCACAGCAGAGGAAACCUGCACUGACAGGAAAACCUGCACAUCUGAACACCUUCCUCAACAUCAGGCCCCAGGGGGGCAGUGUAUCGGCCCCUGGUUCCAGCCCCAUGGUAAGCCUUCCAAAUGCUCCAUUUUGCCCACCACCGCCUGCUCCACAGUUCAUUAAACCUGGACCGUUUGAGCCAAAGGUUUUACCCAUGCUCACUAAAGCAGAACCAUUUGGGCCUAAACUUCCUCCCUCAAUGUUAAGUCCUGCAUCAGGGGGAGGUUCUUCUCUUCCACCUGUGUCUGUACCUUGUCCUGUAGUGUCAAAGCCACAGUUUUCUGAAGCAGUUCCUUCCCCACCAGUUCAAUCAAAACCUGCACCAGUUCAGUCAAAGCCUGGACCAGUUCAGUUGAUGCCUCCACCAGUUCAGUCAAAACCUGGACCAGUUCAGUUGAUGCCUCCACCAGUUCAGUCAAAACCUGGACCAGUUCAGUCAAAACCUGGACCAGUUCAGUCAAAGCCUUCAACACCAGAUCCUAAACCUACUUCACAGGAACCCAAACCUGCUCCAUUUGAGUCAAAGCCUUCACAGAUUGUGGUUAAUCCCGCCCCAGAAGUAUUCAAGCCCUCUCCUACUCUGUCAGAAACAUCGAAACCUACAGGUGCUCAAAAAGAGGUGAAACCUUCAUCUUCUCAAGCGAACACUGUACCUGCUGCUACCCCUAAGACUUCAACGGCUCAACCAGCAAUGAUUAAAAUUGUGUCGGACGUGGCAGCCCCCGGUGUUCCUGAGAACGAGCAGACCCGUACUGUGUUUGUCAAGCCUCCACCCUUCAUGUUCAAAGCCGAAGGCGCUCCAAAGUCUGAGAAGUUAAAGAGCAACCUGGCUGCAGCCGAAGCCAAGCAGUUAUUUGGUAUUUUCUACAACAGUGGUGGCCAGUCAGCCCCCUCCUCUUUCUCCAGACAAGAGAGCAACACCAGAGCUGAAAAAAUCAGCAAUGGAAAUCCUCAGCUUAAAGCAUCCGAGCCUCUUAAGGUACAGCCUCAAGCCCAACCAGAAACUCAAGUUAAACCACAGACCCAGCCAGACCCGUCAGUGCAAUGCCAACAGAAACCACAGCUUCAACAAGAAGAUAAACCCCAGACUCCAUCUGGACCUCAGGUCCAACUGGGUUCUUCCAGCGUCUCCCAACCUUCUACCAAAGAAUCAGUGUUUUCCGGAACAAACUCCAGCGACUCUCUACCAAGUCCUCAAAAACAGACCGACUCCAGCCUUCAGAUCACAUCGGUUUGGUCUCUUCAGUCCUCCACAUCCUCAACCUUUGAGUUUGGGUCACCACAACCAGUCCAACCAGAACCAGCAGCUCCAUUUGAAGUGCAGAGUUCCUCUCAAAAUCAACCUCCCUCUCCUAAACUUGAAUCACACACUGUCCCAAACAAGCUCUCAGAGCUGGAACCAACCUCUGAACCCCCGCCAACUCCUCAGUUUCAAACAGAACCUCAGUCGGAAGCCCAAGCAGAUCACGAUGCCGUGCCCCUACUAGAGGCAUCUCCAGAAUCUAAACCUAAACCUGGUCCCAGAAGCAGAGGUAAGGGUGCAUCUACUAAGAAGCCCACUCCUCCGUCUGGGGCCACAAGGCAAACCCGUUCUCAGACCAGAUACCAGACCCGCCAUCAGCAGCAAAUUCCAUCUGAGCCGGAGCCUGAGCAGGCUUCAGGGGACCCUGAUUCUACAAACGCGGACAGUAAGGGCGUGGAAAUUUCAGAUCCGGGAUCUGGGACACAACUCACAGAGGAUCAACCGGUGAUUGAAGUGACUCCAGAAACUCUGGGCCUUCCGGCCGACAUCACCUCCCUGGACUUUGAGUUUGAUUUUAACUUUGAGUAGCUGCAGGGGCACUGUGGGCGUCUGAGUCAGGAUCAGAUUUAAGGAGUUCCAACUGGACUGAAGGCAGCUGCAAAACAUGUGGGGGACUACAGAUUGCAGAAGCUUUGACCCUCGGAUGUUCUUACGGUCCAGAGUUUGGAUUAACCUCACUCUUCUCCUGAGACAUAUUCUGGAUCAUUUUGAUCUCCCCUGUUUUAGCCACACAAAACAUGAACGGGUCACUGCUGAGGUUCUAAAAGAAUUCACAGCUAUGUUUUUAUUUACUUUCACAUUCAUGUCUGUAUUUAGGAGCUUUGCUGAAUCUUUGGUGGACUCAUGAAAACAUGAGAGCCAAGACGGGUUCUGGAGACAAGUGCGAUCGUUUCUUGUGAUCUUCUACAGAUAGAAUCACGAUGUGCGGUCAUUAUUUUCUUCCAUGAUUGAUGACUGAGUUUCCUUCUUUGUCUAUGAUGUACUUAGCAGAAGCGUCAGCUCAGCCUGUCAACCCUUCCACCAGUUAGAUUUGUUCUUUCCAGUCAUGUUUUAAUAAAAGUUGGUAGAGGAAAAGCA